AAGGACGUUGCAAACACUCCCCUGAACUUUGAACCGCCUCUGAAGCCGAGAUAAACAGGAGAAGUAUAAAUACGAGGGCGCUGCUGUUACUUGUUGGUUUCUGCUUGCAAGGGUUGGAGAGGCGCGCAGGGAAGAGGCCAAGCGAAGGGUGGGCUGUAGCCCAGCCAUGUGGGUUGGGCUGGGGCUUGCCCUGGCUCUCUGUUUCCUCCCAGGAGGAGGGACAGAGAGCCAGGGUUCAAGUACCCGAUGUAACGUGCCUCCAGAAUGGUGGAUAGGGGAGCAGAAUCCGAUGCUGGACUCCAGAGGUUCGGUGACAGUGGUAGCUCUCCUUCAAGCUAGCUGAUACUUGUGUCUCUUGCAGGCUUCUAGACUGGAAGACCUGCGACUGAAGCUGGAACGUGAUGGGUUGAUUGUUUCCUUUUUGGUGGUCAAUCACCAAGGACAACAUUCCCAGCUAAAGUAUCCCCAACUAAGAGAAAAGGUUUCGACGAACAUUCCUGUAUACCAACAAGAUUCAAAACAGCCUGAUGUCUGGACUGCUCUAAAUGGAAGAAAGGAUGAUUUUCUGAUCUAUGACAGGUGUGGUCGCCUUGUGUAUCACCUUGGUUUGCCUUACUCUUUUCUGAGUUUUCCGUAUGUGGAAGAAGCCAUUCGUAUCACAUACUGUGAAUCCAAGUGUGGAAACUGCUCUUACCUGACAUCGGAGGAUGAAGACUUAUGCAGAAAUUUAUCAAAGGCAUCCUCAGAUGAGACACUAACUGAGGCAGCACGACCUUCUGCACAGGAUCAGUUGUCUCCUCAUGGGCAUCACGGGCAUGGGCAUCACAGGCAUGGGCAUCACCCUCCACAGAACAAUCGGGGACGUAACAGAGAGGGUCAGGCAGGUAGCCAGGAGAUUGUGGAUGCUCCCCCACAAGGGAGGAGGAACUGACGGAAAGAAAAUGCUGUCUGCAACCGACAGUUGAGCUGAACCUGGCAGCAGCUGGCAGGGUCUGCUUCAGGGAGCUGAUGCUGACACUGACGGCACUUGCUGUUUGAAGAUCUACGCAGUGUUGCCUCCUGACAUUGCCGUGGAGAGCUCCCAUCUUCCUGAAGGUGACGUGGGCAGCUGUUGGCAGAGAAUAUCACUGAGUCUUGUCAGUGACGUCUGCCAACAGCUGCUUGACGGUCACAAGCAGGGAGUGAGAGUGAAACCUCCAAUGCCUGACAGUGAGCAAGGAGGACUGAAAACUGAGCCUGAAAAACAAUCUAAACAUCUUAAACAUGGGAAAGGAUUCUAGUAAUACUGUCAGAUCUAUCACACUGAUUGGAAACACUUAUUAAACAAAAGCAAUUAAAAACUUAGUGAGUGACAACUACAACUCUGAUAGUACCAUUAUGUUUGAAUAAAGCUACUUGUGCAGCUCAGUUCAUGAGCCAAAUAUGUCAGAUGACUUGAGUUUCAGCUGUGUUUGUUCAAUUGCACUCAAGUGCUAUUGCCUAAUUGAUUGGUAUGGAGUUGUCUGGGUCAGGUGACUUUACUUAAAAAAAGAACAAAUGCUUUCAUAAUGGUAUGGAAUUGUUUUUCAGUGCCAGUUCAGACUGUUCAUUGUGUUUGGUUAGCUUGUCUUUCUGGUCUACUCUUCUACCAUUCUGUUUGCUUUUGUGAAGACAGAAGCAGAAACUAUAGCCUAGGGGCUUCUGUUUGAUAUAUAGCAACCAAGAACAGGAGAGGAUAAGAAAAGACCUGUUAACUAGCUUCUUAAAUGUGUUUUUGAAGACCAAGAAAAUAUGUGCUUUUUUCCCAAUAAAACCUUAGUCACUUAAUUAUCAGGCUAUUAGAUGGCAUACAUUUAAAACAUGUGCUCCAAACAAUAAUUCCAUUUUCAAUCUGGUUCACCAGAAUAUGGAACCCCAAAAUAACAGCUUUGAUAUAAGCAUGUUUAAAGAAUCAACUUUCAAUUUUAAUAUGCAACUUUUUGUGUUCUGAAACUGCUCUAGGCAGUCUUCGUAACUGAGGAUCACAGCCAUUCGGAAUUAUGGAGUCCUGGCAAAUUCCAUUAAAGGAUCAGUCAAUCCAUCUUCAUUGAUCGAUCAAGCUAUCUAUCAAUCUAGCCACAAUUUGUGUUGACUUUUGGUUUGUUUGGGUUCGUUUGGAUCACCUUUGAUAACUGAUUAAUCAAACUUUUAUAAUGUCUCUCUUUAUGUAGCUAAGUAGCAUCUCAUAGUUACACUUUGUUUUUCUAAUACUAUUUUUGUGUGUGUUGUAUAUGGAGGGUUUAGCGAUGAAGGCAAACAUUUAACAGAAAGGAACUACUUAGAUUGUGCUUGCUAUAAUUCAUGAUGGUUUAAUAGGGAAAGCAGUUCUCCUACAAAACCUGAAUUCUUUUAUAGUGAACACUUGUAAGCAGGAAAGUAGGCAGGAUAGAACUGGAAACUAUCUGAACUUAUGUGGUCAACAAAUAAGAGAUUUUAAUAAAUGCAAAAAGCCUUUUGA